AUGGACGCCAACCCAGAGAUAGCAGAGAAACGGCGCGCGCGUGCGGCGAAGAAAUUACAGCAGAAGCAGGCGCAUGCUCAGGCCAACGAAGAGUGCACACAAGCAGAUGCCAACAUUGCAUCGCUCAUUGCCCCCCGCACGUGGAUUUCUGUGCGCAACAGCGAGCAGCAUGGGCGGCGUGUAAGGGUCGUAACGUGGAAUAUACUAGCACAAUGCCUAGUUCGCCACGAGCUUUUUCCCGGAAGCGAUAACCUCCGUAUAAAGUCACGUUUCCCUGGCAUUGGUGCUGAGCUCCGGUCGUAUGACUGGGAUAUUGGUUGCUUUCAGGAGGUAGAUAACAUGCAGCACCAUGGCGAGGUGCUGCGCAAGACAGGCUACGCAUACCAAUAUGAGCGUGGUUAUGCGAAUAAAGCACAUGGCCUUUUAAUCGCAUGGCGCAAAGAACCCAAAGAAAAGCACGCACACUUUGGCGAACCGUUGUUUUCUCGUACGUUGCAUCUGGACGACGCCAAUCCACUUGCCGCAUUCCCCGAUAAAGUUCCCCCGCACGAUCCAACGUUUCUAUCGAGGAUAACGCGUAAUAUUUUGCUUCUGGUGGCAUUGCCAUUUGCGGACGGGCACGGUGGUGUGCUCGUUGCAACAUCGCACUUGUUUUGGCAUCCGCGGUUUGGGUACGAGCGAGUGCGCCAAGCGGGCAUUAUUGCACAGGAAAUUGCGUCGUUUCGCAAAGAACAUGCGAUGUGUGCACCAUGGCCUGCCAUAUUCUGCGGCGAUAUGAAUGAUCAGCCACACUCUUGCAUGUACAGCAUGCUGACGGGAAAAACAGAGUACACGGAAGCGAUGGAUGCAGAGCUUGCUUCUUCGCGUAUUGUGCAUACGUCUGUUGACGAAAUGCGUGGGCUGCGUACGGCAAACUAUGCGGCCACCAUGACCGAGAACGGCGACAUGGACCGCGUAUUGGGCCGGCACCGUCUGCCAAAAGAAGGCGAGCUUUUGACCACAGCACAGCUACAGCGUCUGUAUGCAUUCCCGACGCUGAAUCAUCCCGCAUAUAUGCGUAGUGCUUAUAGCACAGCGUACGCACAUCUCGACACGGACAUACCCCUGGAAUUUUUUAAGGAUCGCGGCACGGUGUCGGAGCGUUACGACUUGGAAAGCAUGCCUGAACCAAGCGAUCCACGCCAGCUGGCCAGCACCGAACCAAAGUGGACGCUGUACUCGCCGCUGUUUCGACUUACGCUGGACUAUAUUAUGCUUGUUCCGAGCAUGGACGGCACAUACCCACGCAUCACGGCGCUGCUCCCUAUCCAUCCCUCUUCCCUUCUCGCCCCGGGAUUGCCACGCCAGACCGUUGGGGCCUCUGACCACGUCCUACUGGGUGCGGAGCUUGUUUUGUAG